AACACGUUACCAGUUUAUUACUCCAAUUUCACAAAGGCAGGGAAAAUGGAACACUUCGAUAGGGCGAUGGAGGGCAUUGGCUUUGGCAAGGUACAUGUGUUCGUUAUAGUGACUCUCGGCCUGAUUCAAAUGCUAACCGUUCCGGAAACCAUGGGGAUGGGGAUCGUCGGCCCCGCAUCGGUGUGUGAUUUUCGUCUGAGUCAAGUACAGCUGGCUGUGUUGAACUCAGCUGCCUUUAUGGGCAUCAUCUGCUCCAACUACUUCUGGGGCUACGUCACCGAUAAGAGAGGGCGUCGCUGGACCCUCCAGCGAACACUUGUCCUGAGCACCUUAUGCUCACUCACCUCCAUGUUUAUGGUUGACUUCCACGGCUUCUUCCUUAUGAGAUUUUUAACUGGAGUUUUCGUGGCUGGACCGGGCAUUGUGGCGCCCACCUAUCUGUCCGAGUUUUUCCCUAGACGUCUAGUGUCCACUGUCAUCACCCACAUGUACAUGUUCACCGGCUUUGCUAUUAUGUAUUGCCCAUUGAUGGCCACUCUCUUUCUCAAAACGAGCCUCGGGGAGAUGGAAGUUCCUAUUGCUGGAGAUCUUGUCCUGCGGUCCUGGCGCCUAUUGGGCUGCUCAUACGUCUUGCCGGGUCUUAUUUCCUUUGUCCUGCUGCUGUUUAUUCCAGAAAGCCCAAAGUUCUACUUUAUGAUGGGCCAGAUGCAAAAGGGACUGGGAGUGAUGCAGUGGAUUAGUAGGAGAAACACCGGUCGGGCCCUUACCCCGGAGCAAAUUGUUUGGUUGCACCAUUUCAGAGCCCAUUGCCAAGUAAAGCGCCAGAAGACUGAUGAACACCUACUGAGAUCGAUGCUAAACGACGCAAUGCCCUUGUUCCGGACCCCGUAUAUGGCUACCUUAAUCGGUGCCUGCUGUAUUAUGUUUCUGCUGGGCAUGGUAGCCAAUGGCUUUGGGAUUUGGUUCACGGCCAUGCGGAAUCGCUAUAUUAUGCGAAAAGGUAAUAAGGACCACAUGUCCUUCUGCCAGGUAAUUUUUGUACCCGAUAUAGGUUUAGUGUUGGAGCCCGAAAAUGACGUUUAUGCGAUUUGCAACGAUGACUUCAAGAGCUUUUACGAAGCAGUCUACAUGGGUGCCAUCAAUGUCCUGCUGUACAACGUUUGCUGGCUCUUGCUGUUUAAGGUGCCCCAGAGCAUGAUUUUAACCAUCUUCCUCUUGGGCGCUUCAACCUGCGGCUUCAUCUUGAUUGUUUCGAUGAAUUUUUGGGUGCAACUCAUCUCGUAUAUCCUGCUUCUGAGCUUACCCAUGGUAGUAAUGGGCCUACUAGGUAGCGCUCUCUUAAGAACUAUACCCACCUACCUACGUGCCAAGGCGAUGUGCAUCUGCUUGAUGUGGUCUCGUGUUGGAGCAAUUGUGGGGGCAAUUGCCACUGGCAACUUCAUCCAUGUACAGUGUGAGCCAUUCAUAUUGAUGAUUGCCAUUUUGCCUUUGGUCGCCGUCGGUAUUUCAAGUUUUUUGCCACUUUAA